ACAUUCAAAGUAACCAAACUUACCAUCUAGCUAACAAACCACAUAUAAUAUAUCACAAUUAUAUCUCUUUAAACUCCUUCAAAAACAACCAUUUCAAUAUAUUUUUGUAAGCUAAAUCUCUUGUAUAAUCAUGGCCAAAAUUCACCCCCAUCUCUUAUCUUCUUCUCCGUCGUGUUCUCGACCCGAAGAUCGAGAAAUUUAUACGGUUUGGAUGAAAUCUUUGGUUUUCAAUAGCCAUGGAUGUACUAUUUAUGAUGCUAGUGGAAAUAUUGUCUAUCGUAUUGAUAAUUAUGACACUAAGUGUAGUAGUCAAGUCUUUCUUAUGGAUCUUAAGGGGAAGGUCUUAACCACCUUGCUUAGGAAGAAAAUGAGAGUGAAUGAGCAUUGGAAUUGCUACAAAAAUGAUAGAGUUAAGAAUGAAAAGCCAUGGUUUCAAGUUAAGAAGAAAAGCAAGUUAUUUAACAAAGGAGGGGAUAAUUUUUCAUGUCAAGUUACAAUUAAUGGUGAUGAUUGUCAAACGUCAUCUAGCUUUAACAUACAAGGAAGUUGUGAAAAAUCAGAGUUCAAGAUUAUUCGAGGCGAUGGUUUAAUGGUUGCACAAGUGAAGAGGAAGCAAUCAAAGGAAGGAAUAAUGUUGGGAGAUGAUGUAUUAAGCUUAGAGAUGGAGCCUAAUUUGGAUAACUCUUUUAUAAUUUCACUUGUUGUAGUUCAUGGGUUAAUGUCUCACAAGAUAUAGCCCCAAUACCCAUCUAUAAAAACCCUUCAAAUUACUCUAUGGAGCGAUCCUUUUGGAUUAUAAGAUUACAAGGUAGAUUGCUGGAAAAAGAAGAGCUAAGUGAGAAUCGCACUCUAAAUCUUCCUUAAAAAGUGAUAUCUACUCUAUUGAGUGAUUCUUAAUCCCAAUUUAAUCCAAAGAAAAAGUAAAAAAAGGAAAAUAGAUGUAUAUAAUCUAACAAUUCUUUUUAGAACUCUUUCAUCAUCCAUGGGUGAAAAGGUGUGUUGACUUAGAAGAGGGGGCACUUUUUGGUGAAGAAGAAACAUUCUCUUUGUUUUGUUUUAGUACUUAAUGAUUUAUUAUCAUGCUCCACAUAUAGAUAUGUUGAGUGAAGCUUGGAAGCUUGAAAUUUUGAUCUUAAAAUAAGAAAUAUAUGUAUACAAUUGUUUUGAUAACUUGAUUUGUAUAUGCUCAUUGAAAUAUAUUGAUAACUUCAAGAUUUAUUAUAUUGAAAUAUGUUGUUUUA